AUGUCUGCCCCCCAGGAAUACGAUGAAGAUUUGAACCCCACCACUACCGCUGGCUACAAGGUCACAGCCAAAAAGACAGUUGACGAAUACGCUAACCUGGACGCCAACGACGAGUCGCUCGUACGCUGGAAGGCAUCCCUGGGAAUCGGUGCUGGGGGCGCUCCAGGUGCUGAAGCCAAGUUUAUUAUCAAGGAACUCUUCUUGAAAUCGGAUACGCUGCCCCCCGGAAAGACGGUUAGCUUAAACUUGGCUGACAAGGAGGCUAUGGAAGCAGCCAAGAAAAAGCCGAUUACGAUCAAGGAAGGGAUAGACUACAGCGUCGGCCUGAAAUUCGAGAUAGAAAACGACGUAAUCUCUGGCCUUCGCUAUCUUCAUGUUGUUAAGCGGGCUGGUAUCAAAGUCGACAAGCUUGAACAGAUGAUCGGCUCCUUUGGGCCCAAGGAGGGGGAGCAUAGUGUCAAUUUCGUCACGGAGGAAUCACCUUCAGGGAUAAUAGCACGUUCGGGCACAUACGACGUUGUAAGCCGAAUCACGGACGACGAUGGGCACGUUCACGCAGUCUAUGGCCCACUAGGGCUCAAGAUUCCAAAUCCUAUGGAUGCUUCUCUUAGUCCUGGUUCGGUGUACUCGGUCACAGACAGGAUCGUCCAAACGCGGAACCCCUUGAUAGCUGAAGGUUUCGUCUCUGACAGUGCGGUCGGCGAUCCUCCCAGUCUAGGUGUUGCAAUGCUUUUAGCAAACUUUUCAGGCGCAGCUGGAGGAGACUACAACACUGCUAUUCAGCAACAAUUGGAUUAUCUCUUGACCAAAGCCCCACGGAACACUGACGGCGCAAUAUCGCACCGAAUCGAGCAAGUCCAACUUUGGAGUGACAACGUAUACAUGGUCCCGCCGUUUUUGGCCUACUAUGGGGCGCUUCAUAAUAACGCUUCGAUGAUGACGGAAGCAUUCCACCAAGUGCAAACAUACCGUAACACCUUGAAGGUUGACAGGUACACAGGAUUAUGGAGGCAUAUUCAACUUGGUGAAAACGUGGAUGUGGGCCACUGGUCGACAGGAAACGGCUGGGCUGCAGCUGGAAUGAUGCGUGUAUUGGCAACCAUGGCCAACUCUCCACUAGGGGCGUCUUAUCCUAAUGAGCAAGCUCUUCUUGCUCGUUGGAUUUCGGGGAUUUUGACUUCGGCCUGGGCGUAUCAACUGCCGAAUGGCACUCUUUACAAUUAUGCAGACCUUUCUUCACCGGCUUCUGUAACGCCGUCCUAUACUGCGUCCCCAUCCACCGCCUUUUCGGAUGCAUCUGGGACUGCUCUUCUAGCAGCGACGACAUAUAGACUUGCAACGCACCUUGUACGCCAUCCGACUCUCACUUUUCAAGACAAUGGUGCUUCCACGACUCGGUCUCUGACAGCGAUAUUGGCUGGAGAAGGCUACAGUGUCCGCUCGCUACUUGACCCGGCUGCUCUUGCUCGCAAAGGUGUCUCCGAAAGUAUCGAUCCUAGCACAGGGUGGUUACAGAACGUUGCCAAUCCGUACAGCUAUUCGCAGCGCGGCACGGUUAGCCCUGAAGGACAAGCGUUUGUUCUUAUGCUCGAAGCCGCAGCAAGAGACUGGGAGUCUACGAUCAAGACAACCGACCGAAACGCUCUCGAAGCAUCUUUGGGAGCAUGA